AUGAGGAAAUACAAAUCAAGGAGAAUAUCCCAUGUAGCCGAGGAACAAAUUAUUUGGUUAGAAGGACAAUCCUUAAAUCGUUACAUUGAUAGCAAUGUAAGGAUAAAAUUUGGUUCUACUUUUUCUCAAUCUCCACUUCAGCUCUGCAGAUUCGUCUUUAAUAAUAAUGGCAAUGUGGAGGCGGUAUGUCUUAUUCCAUACAUAGGCGGAAUAUUAAAUGAAGCAGUACAGAAAGACAUUGAUGUUAGUGUUGAAGAAAUUGAUAGCGAUGGAAAAAUACUCAAUAAUAAAACUUAUCCUCACUCAUUUAUAACUUAUAUAAUAGGAGAUUUUGAACUGAGUGGAGACAGGCAUAAAUUAAAAGUUGUUUUCAAGAUAUGCGAAGAAAAUGCCACUGAAACUGUCAUACAAACUGAAGAAACAACUCCUUUUGGAUACGAAUUUGAUACUAAAUCUGACUCCCCAUCGCAAAAAACAACUAUUUCUGGAUCUGAUUAUACAACUAAACCUAUCGUAUUAGCCAAGGAAACAACUCCCUUCGGAUCUGGAAUAGAUAGUACCAUUGAAGCCAAAUCAUCUGGAGAAUCAACGGUUUCCGUAUCUGAUUCUACGACUAUUAGUGUAAUAGCCAAGGAAACAACUCCUGUCGGAUUUGAUAAUGUCACAAAAACUGUCAUACAAACUGAAGAAACAACUCCUUUCGGAUCUGGUUUGAUAUUCUCAAAAUCAAAAGAUGACCCUAAGACAUUUUAUAAAAAUCUAAAAGCUCUAAUAGAAACCUAUAAUACACUUAAACCAGAAUCAUCGGGAGAAUCAACUGUUUCCGGAACUGAUAGUACUACUAAAGCUGGAUCAUCUGGUAAAUUAACUAUUUCAGGAUCUGCAUGGAGAGACGAAUUAUGUCAAAAAGUUAUCAAGAGUGGUCAAUAUGAUCCAAAGGAGAUUUUUCCUUCGAUUCAGAUUUCUGAUUCAAUACCCCGAGUUCAAUUGUUAAGGAAUGGUAAUGAGAUUAUUUGGUCCAUAGAUGGAGAAGAUAUUUAUAAAAGAAAGGACUGCCACGAGGAAGAGAUGACCUGUUAUAAAGGCUCGGUCAGUUUGACUACACAAGAUCAAUUUUACAUGGCAAUUAGCAUUCUAGGAAUCGAUUCCAUUAUCAACUUCGAUAGCAAUUUGAGAACAAUUCAAAGAAACUCUUCCAAUACUCAAUUUUCAAUAUGUUAUUACAAUGUUAAAAAUAUCGAAGACAAUAUUAUGUGCACGUUGCCCACCACUGCUACUAAUAGUGAAAUCAUUUUAAAACAACAAGAAGACCGAAUUAUCGUAGAAUCUAAUGACAUUCAAAAAUUCUAUAAUAAUUCUUUCAUCUUACGGAUUUCUGGAGAUUUUGAGGUUCAAGGAACUAAACAUAAAAGCAACAUGUUGUUACAUACAUGCCAAGGUUCAACGGAUUAUACUUCUGAACUUACUACAACUUCGAUUGAUAGUACCAUUGAAUAUGAAUCAUCUGGAGAAUCAAAUUCUACCACUAAGCUUGUCGUAACAGCCGAAACAACACAUUAUGGAUCUGAUAGUACCAUUGAAGUCGAAUCAUCUGGAAAAUCAACUGUCUCCAUAUCUGAUUCUACCACUAAACUUGUCGUAGCAGCCAAGGAAACAACUCCUUUCGGAUCUGAGAGUACAAUUGGAGAUGAAUCUUCCGGAGAAUCAACUGUUUCAAUAUCUGACACUACAAUUAAACCUGUUAUAACAGCCAUGAAUACAACUCCUUUUGGAUCUGGAGUAGAUAGUACCAUAGAAUCUGAAUCGUCUGGAGAAUCAACUGUUUCCAUAUCUGAUACUACUACUAUAACAGACGUUAGAGGAAAUAAAACAACUCCUUUCGGAUCUGGUUGGUCAGAUCAAUCUUCAGAAUUUACUACAACUUCGCCAAUUUCCAAAGAUAUGUGCAACGUAGUGAAAAAAAGUGGUGAUUAUAACAUACAUCAAUUCUUCAAUGAACCUAAAAUUCCUGAUACAUUUCCCCAGAUAAUUUACUUGGAAAGAGUUGAUGAUCUAAUAAUAUGGAACGUUGAUGGAAACGAUAUUUUUAUAAAAAAAGACAAUUCAACGAGAAUAUCCCAUGUAGCCGAAGAACAAAUUCUUUGGCUAGAAAGACAAUCUUUAAAUCGUAGCAUUGAUAGCAAUAAUGAAGCAGUACAGAAAGAUAUUGAUGUUAGUGUUGAAGAAAUUGAUAACGAUGGAAAAAUACUCAAUAAUAAAACUUAUCCUCACUCAUUUAUUACUUAUCUAAUAGGUGAUUUUGAACUGAGUGGAGACAGGCAUAAAUUAAAAGUUGUUUUCAAGAUGUGCGAAGAUGAAACCACAUCAGAUACUACUACUAAAAGUUUCGUAACAUCCAGGAAAACAACUAAUUAUAGAUCUGAAAAUGCCACUGAAACUGUUAUACAAACUGAAGAAACAACUCCUUUUGGAUACGAAUGUGAUACUAAAUCUGACUCGCCAUCGCAAAAAACAACUAUUUCUGGAUCUGAUUAUACAACUAAACCUGUCGUAUUAGCCAAGGAAACAACUCCUUUCGGAUCUGGAACAGAUAGUACCAUUGAAGCCGAAUCAUCUGGAGAAACAACGGAUUCCGUAUCUGAUUCUACGACUAUUAGUGUAAUAGCCAAGGAAACAACUCCUUUCGGAUUUGAUUCUACGACUAAAGUUGUAACUAGCAAGAAAACAACUCCUACAGGAUCUGGAAUAGAUAGUACCGAAGUCGAAUCAUCUGGAGAAUCAACUGUUUCCUUAUCUGAUUCUACGACUAAAGUUGUUGUAACAUCCAAGGAAACAACUCCUUCCGGAUCUGGAAUUGAUAGUACCAUCGAAGUCGAAUCAUCUGGAGCAACUGUUUCCGUAUCUGAUUUUACCACUAAACUUGUCGUAACAGCUAAAGAAACUCCUUUCGGAUCUAGUUGGACAGAGCAAUCUACAAAAUUUACUACAACUUCUACAAUUCUCAAAGAUAUGUGCGACAUAGUGAAGGAAAGUGGCAAUUAUAACAUACAUCAAUUCUUUAAUGAGCCCAAAAUUCCUGAUUCAUUUCCCCAGAUGAUUUACUUGGAAAGAGAUGAUGAUCGAAUAAUAUGGAACGUUGAUGGAAACGAUAUUUUUAUGAGGAAAUACAAAUCAAGUAGAAUAUCCCAUGUUGCUGAAGAACAAAUUCUUUGGCUAGAAAGACAAUCUUUAAAUCGUAGCAUUGAUAGCAAUGUAAUACAUAAUAUAUUAUAG